CGCAACGUCACCACACCUUCUCCCGUAUAAGCUAACCCAACCCCUUCCCUUUGGAUGGGAACAAUCCAUUUCAUUCGGUUAACGAUACGAGCGUAUAAAAUACUUCAAAAUUUUGGAGGUCUUUCGUGAAGUGCAAUUAUUGACUAUUUUAUGGACCUCCCGAGCGUGACGUCACGACCUUCCGAUCACACGUCGGAGGAAAAUGAGAACCGGCGCGUCAUGCAGUUUGUCAACCGCCGUAUGCAACAGCUGUCAUUGCACCUCAGCCCGGAACUGGUCCCGGAGAUUCCCGAUUGCGGCCUCGAGAUGCUCUUGUGCGCUGGGAAGGUGAAGGUGCUGAAUGUUAGGACGGAGCUCCUGUCGGCGUACAUGAAGGGGAAGCACAGAGACGUCCAAGAGAAAGUUUUCGAGUACUUCAAUUCAAGACCGGACUUGCAGACGCCGAUCGAGAUCUCGAAGGAUGAGCACAGGGAAUUGUGCAUGAGGCAGCUCACAGGUCUGGUCCGUGAGGCGGGGAUAAGGCCAUUCAAGUACAUCUUGGAGAACCCUGCUAAGUAUUUUGCUAUUUCGGAAGCUAUAGGUAGCAUUGAUAUGUCUCUCGGUAUCAAGUUGGGUGUUCAGUACAGUCUUUGGGGUGGCUCUGUUCUCAAUUUGGGAACUAAGAAACACAGAGACAAAUACUUUGAAGGCAUAGACAGUCUGGAAUACAUGGGUUGCUUUGCAAUGACUGAGCUUCAUCAUGGUUCCAAUGUUCAAGGCCUUCAAACAAUUGCUACCUUUGAUCCGCUUAAGGAUGAAUUCAUUGUGGACACACCUAAUGAUGGUGCCAUUAAAUGGUGGAUUGGAAAUGCUGCUGUCCAUGGUAAAUUCGCUACAGUUUUUGCAAGAUUGUUGCUGCCAACUCAGGAUUCAGAGGGUGUUUCUGACAUGGGUGUUCAUGCUUUCAUUGUUCAAAUACGGGAUCUAAAGACGCACGAAACUUUACCAGGGGUAGAAAUACAUGAUUGUGGCCACAAAAUUGGUUUGAAUGGAGUUGACAAUGGUGCAUUGAGAUUCAGGUCUGUGAGAAUCCCUAGGGAUAAUCUCCUAAACCGGUUUGGAGAUGUCUCAAGGGACGGAAAAUACACAAGCAGCCUUCCAUCGAUUAACAAAAGGUUUGCUGCAACACUGGGAGAACUUGUAGGUGGAAGAGUGGGGCUUGCAUAUUCUUCAGUCAGCGUUCUUAAACUUGCUGUAACUAUUGCCACCCGCUAUUCUCUUUUGCGGCAACAAUUUGGUCCACCCAAACAGCCUGAGAUUAGUAUUCUUGAUUAUCAAUCUCACCAACAAAAACUUAUGCCAAUGCUGGCUUCGACUUAUGCCUUCCAUUUUGCAACGUUGCAUCUGGUGGAGAAGUAUUCUGAUAUGAAGAAGCUGUCUCAUGAUGAAGAGUUGGUGGGAGAUGUCCAUGCCCUCUCAGCUGGGCUUAAAUCAUAUAUCACUGCUUACACUGCGAAAUCAUUGAAUACUUGCAGAGAAUCUUGUGGAGGUCAUGGCUAUGCAGCUGUUAAUCGAUUUGGUACUUUGAGGAAUGAUCAUGACAUAUUUCAAACAUUUGAAGGAGACAACACUGUUCUUCUACAGCAGGUGGCAGGGCUUCUUUUGAAGGAGUAUCAAGAAAAGUUCCAAGGUGGGACCCUCUCGGUCACUUGGAACUACCUAAGACAAUCAAUGAAUUCGUAUCUAUCUCAGCCUAAUCCAGUGACUUCUAGGUGGGAGGGUGAAGACCAUUUGCGAGAUCCAAACUUCCAGUUAGAUGCAUUUAGGUAUCGUACAUCUCGGCUACUUCAAAGUGUUGCUGUUCGACUUCAAAAGCACUCGAAGACACUUGGUGGCUUUGGUGCUUGGAACAGAUGCUUGAAUCAUCUCCUGACACUUGCAGAGUCCCACAUUGAGUCCUUCAUCCUCGAAAUGUUCAUUGCAGCCGUCAAAUCUUGUCCCGAUGCUACCUCGCGUUCUGCUCUGAAGCUUGUUUGUGACCUCUAUGCUUUGGACCGAAUCUGGAAUGACAUAGGAACUUACCGCAAUGUGGACUAUGUGGCUCCUAACAAAGCUAAGGCUAUUCACAAGUUAACUGAAUAUCUGUGUUUCCAAGUCAGAAAUAUAGCAAAGGAGCUGAUAGAUGCAUUUGAUCUGCCGGAUUAUGUUAUACGUGCUCCGAUUGCUGUGCAGGAUGCCGAACAAGUUUACACACAAUAUACUCAGUUUGCCGGAUUCUAACUCCUGCAAUAGGCUAUACACCAAACAACAGAUAUAAAAGGAAUAUAGUUAAAAAUGGUACCACUUCAAGUUUUUCAUGUUUCAUUUUGUUAUAGCCAAAUGAUAUAAUAUGUUCAAUAUAUUUUGUAAUAAAAAUAUGUUUGAUAAUUGCAUCGGCAAUUCAGCACAUUGCACAUACUAUUCAGUGAAACUAGCAACAAAAAAGUUGCGUACAUGUUAAACAGCCAAAUAGUAUACAUUAUACAUGAUUUAAUUGAAGCAAAGAUGUACAUGACAUAAAAGGGUAUAUUUUCUCUUACUCUUGCC